AAGCUGGGGUCAGCCCCAGGGGACUUUAGGAGCAAUUAACGGGACCGCUGUGCAGAGGAGCAAAGGGUUCAAGCUUUGCUUCCAACGAGAGCCAAGUCAUCUGUAGCAGCAGGUACUACACACUGUUGGCAGAUGUGGGAGGGACGCGUGAGACCACACUAAGUGGCGCUGGCCUCCUGGGAGGAAACUCCAGGAAGCUGCUCUCUGCAAGCCCCCCGGGGCCGGGCUGGGGGCUGCCUGAGCAAGGGUCUGACAUAGACCUCGGAGGGAGGACGAACAUGACCAGCUGCACUUGGUCAUCUCCUGCAACAUGCUCCUAAGGAGACGCUCCAGAGCUGGGCCCCGAAGGCUGCAGUUCCUGGUGGCGGUGUUGAUGCUGGGAUGCUUGCUGGUGAUGGUGACCGUGCUGCACCCGCCGCCUCAGGACCCCUCCAGGGAUCCCUCGGCCCAGGCUGAAAAGCCCAGCCCCCAAGCGGGCUAUCAGGUGGACUUUGGCCAACCCCAGGACUGGGUGCUGGAGACCGAGGAAGAGAGCCAGGAGUACUAUCCCCUGGAGGGCCUGGCCCCCUUCAUCUCCCUGAAGGAGGAUGAGCUCCUGGUGGCAGUGGCCCCCCCCAGGGACAGGAGGAACCAGAGCCAGUCCAGGAAGAGAGGGGGCUACCAGCUGGUCAGACGGCCCGGCAGGAGGCUGGAGGAGGGGGCCCUGGCCAGCCCCGACUUGCACUGGGGGGCUGGGUUGGAAGGCCUCUCCCUGAGAGAUUCUGAUGCAGAUGAUGGGGAAGAGCAGCUAGAGAAGCUGCCAUUGGACACCUACGGCUUCAACGAAGCCCUGAGCCAGCAGAUCUCUCUGCGCAGGGAGCUGCCUGAGGUCCGCAACCCUCUGUGUCUGCAGCAGGACUAUGGUGAUGACCUGCCCACAGCCAGCGUCAUCAUCUGCUUCCACAAUGAGGCCUGGUCGACCCUCCUCAGAACCGUGCACAGUGUCUUGGCCACGGCCCCCAGACCCUUCCUCAAGGAGAUCAUCCUCGUUGAUGACCUCAGCCAACAAGGUCACCUCAAGGCUGCCCUUAGUGACCACGUGGCCCAGCUGGAGGGGGUGAAAUUGCUACGGAGCAACAAGAGGCUGGGUGUCAUCAAGGGCCGAAUGCUGGGCGCUGCCCGGGCGGCGGGAGACGUGCUGGUCUUCAUGGACUCCCAUUGCGAGUGCCACAAGGGCUGGCUGGAGCCUCUCCUCAGCAGGAUAGCCGGUGAUAGGAGCCGAAUGGUAUCUCCUAUCAUCGAUGUGAUAGACUGGAAGAAUUUUCAAUAUUAUCAUUCCGUGGACUUGCAGCAAGGGGUAUUUGACUGGGAAUUAAAUUUCCACUGGAAACCUUUGCCAGAGCAUGAGAGGAAGGCACGUCAGUCUCCCAUCAGCCCCAUCAGGAGCCCCGUGGUGCCAGGUGGAGUUGUGGCCAUUGACCGGCAUUACUUUCAGAACACCGGAGCAUAUGAUUCUCUCAUGUCCAUUUGGGGGAGUGAAAACCUGGAGCUCUCCCUAAGGGUUUGGCUCUGUGGAGGCUCCGUAGAAAUCCUUCCCUGCUCCCGAGUGGGGCAUGUCUACCGCAACCAGCUCCCCAAUGCCACCCCUGACCAAGAAGCAGCCCUGAGGAACAAGAUCCGAAUUGUGGAGACGUGGCUGGGUUCCUUCAAGGGCACCUUCUACCAGCACAGUCCUAAGGCUUUCUCUCUGAGCCAGGCUGAGAAACAAGACUGCAGCGAGCGGCUUCAGCUGCAAAAAAGGCUGGGCUGCAGGACCUUCCACUGGUUUCUGUCCAAUCUCUCCCCGGAGUUGUACCCCUCCGAACACAAGCCAGGAUUCUCUGGAAAGCUCUAUAGUUCUGGAGUUGGCUCCUGUGUAGACUGUGCAUCUGGAAACCUGGUGACACUCUCUCCCUGCAGUGACGGCCGACAGCAACAGCACCUGGAAUACACCAGCAAGAAGCAAAUCAGCUGUGGACAGGACCCCACGCUCUGCUUGACCGUGAACCUAGAAGGCCGGGUGAUUCUCCAGAACUGCACAGAGGAGACUCACUCCUUCCAGAGGCAGCACUGGGACGUUCAGGAGAAUGGAAUGAUUGUCCACAUCCUUUCUGGGAAAUGCAUAGAAGCUGUAGAGAGGGACCGUGAGAAAAGCUUGUCUUUGCAGCUGUGUGAUGGAAAAGCCAACCAGGCAUGGAGGUUUGACCGCAUCCAGGCCGUGGACCAGCGAUGAGCACCAGGAACACCAGCCAGAAGCUUGGCCUCAGGGAAGGUCUGCAAAGGCCUCGACACAGCCCAAGACUCCAGAAGAAAAGGCGCCUUUGACCAAGCUCUCUGGCGGCUUGGACAAUAGCAGCGGCGAAAGGAGCUCGGAGGCACAAGACCCAUUUCCUGCCCGUGGGACCUUGGCCAUGGUACUUCCUGCUUGAGGCCUCAAUCUCCUCAUCUGUAAAAUGAGAGGGUCGGAGAACACGGCCUCUGAGGUCCCUUCCAACCCAAGCCUACAAUCCUAUAAUGCUGGCAGAUGUCCAGGAAAUGAGCAAAAUCUCUGGUGGUCAAUCUGACGUCGCUUCUGGCUGCCCAAGAGGAUGCGUAUUCUUUGCCGCUGUGAGAAAGAGAAUGUCUGGACAGCUACUGAGCUCAGCUGUCAGGAUGACAAGAUUGCCCCGUCUUAAAUCCACCAUCUUCACAUCUGACAUCAUCUCCGACCGAGCCUACACAGGGCACGGGCAUCUAAUGGAUUGACUUAUUUGGCCCGAGUCCCUCCCGGUCAUCUCUGUGGCCUGUGAUGACAGGACGUGAAGGAGAAACAGGUUUUGUCCAGUGAAUCCCCUUCCUGGCCAAAUAUGGCCACCUUGAACAAACCCCUUUACCUCUUUUGGCCUCAGAGAUCGGGUUGAAAGACCUCUGAGGUCCCUUCUAGCUCCAAGUCUGUGGACUUAGGACAUUGCCUACAUCCUUGGGGAGAGACAAUCAAAGGCUCCUGCUGAGGAGCUGUGGAAGGGGUGGUGGAGGAGGGAGGCGGGAGUCAGCAAAGCUUCUAAGUGAGUGUCUGGCUUAGCUGAGUAAUCAGACCUCAAGGGAAUCAUGAGCUGGAUCUAGGACGAUGCUGAUUCGGAUCAAUGAAAGCCCCUUUCAUAAAAAUGAUGGAAGCCAGUAUGUUUCCAGUGCUUUCACCUCCACCGCCUCCCAGAAUGCUCACUACACCACCUUGUAAAGCAGGCAGGAGGGGCAGCUAGGUGGCACAGUGGAUAAAGCACUGGCCCUGGAUUCAGGAGUACCUGAAUUCAAAUCCAGCCUCAGACACUUGAUACUUACUAGCUGUGUGACCCUGGGCAAGUCACUUAACCCUCAUUGCCCCGCCAAAAAAAAAAAAAAGCAGACAGGGAAGAUACUGGGGUCCCCCUGUACAGGCAGAGGCAGGGACUGGAGGGUCCCAUGGUGAUCUGGUGGCAGAAAACUGACAUCUCUGACUCCUAGCGCACCUAGUGUACCUCUACCAGACCUGGCAGCCUCUUCAGACUGUUUCUGCCUCCUCUCUCUUCCCUGCACCUAGGUUCCCAUCUCUCUACCUGGCCCCGGCCCCCAUGUGAAUCAACCAGAUGUCAUUUGUUAUUCCAAUUUUAACCCUUAUGACAGAAACCAGAAAGCAGAGCCAGGCACACCCAGCAGCCGAGGUAAAAUGUGAAACAACACUGUUUCUAAUACUGUUAUACAUAUGGUUCUGUGUCUUAUGAAAGCAAUGAAUCAUUCAUACACACACGUAUACUCAUAGGGCCGCCAAGAAAGGGUCCUUCAAGUCCUGCUUCUGACACAUACACAAAUCAUUUAACCCUGCAGGGCCUCCCCCAACUCUCUCCAAGACUAGUACAUACAUACACACACACAUAAUGGCAUGUCUAUGUAUGUAUAUAUAUGGAUGCUGGCAGCCAGGUGUAGUGGAUAAAAGGCUGGCCUCAAAGGCAGUAAGACCCGGGUUAAAGCUAGCACAUAUUAGCUACGUGACCCUGGACAAAUUAUUUAACCUGUCAGUGCCUCCAAGAGACACUUCUAUGCCUACAAGUGUCUGAAUGCUUGUUGAUCUGCAUUUGUGGAGAGUUUUCCCACCAGGAGUUCCUUAUAUCAAUGAAAUCAAGUCUAAAGCUCCACCCAAAAAAAGUAUAGUUGGCUACAAAGUUUUAACCCCUAUUCUUUUGAGUAUGAUGAAUAUAGAGAGAGAGCAAGCAUUGAUGCAUUCUCCUUAACAAGGAUGUGGGUUGGAGAGGAGUGGGAGGGAGGAUAUUCUAUCAAGGGGGAGCAGAAACUGGUCAAAGCUCUCAAAGGAAGGAGCAGGUAGAUCCCUCUCCCCACCCACCCCCCAAAUGGGAAGGAGGUUGACCACAUUUAGCAAGGGAUCCUGGAAACCAAUGGACUAGAAAGUGGUUGGUAAAUAGAAAGCGCCUAAUAAGUGCUUGUUAACUUCAUUGGGAAAUCUCUCCACAUGACAAUGUACAAGUUUUGCUUAAAUCCAUUGCCAGAUUAUCCUGCUUCUUCAAAAGCAUGAAUGAAAUAAUCCAGCUCUCCCUAAAAUAGAGCACCACCCCCAUUCUCAGAACAUGAAUGUCUGAAUUUGGAAACUUCCCUCCAAAGACAUCCAUCUUCUGCAAGAAGUGAAUGAAUCUAAUGUAUUCCCAAUGAGUAAAACCAAACAGAUUUUACAGGCUUGAAGGGAUGCUCUCCUCCCAACUUCUGUCACGUGGGCACGUUAACUUUCCAAUACAUGCUAAGUAUUCAAUCCAUUUCUUCUUCCCUGUGUUAUGCUCCAGACGGCCUUAUUUUAUCUUCAAAGGAAAAAAAUCGCUGCACGACGAACGCCUUUUCCUAACUUUAGAUUUAUCUCAGUUUGAAAGAAAUCCUGAAAUUCUCAGCAACAAUUCCAAAACUGAGUGCGGAAAGAUGGCAUGAAAAAGUCUGCCACAACUACUAUGUAGGGAUUAUUCAGAGGUAAAGAAAGAAGGAGAAAAGAUUUCUAAUUUUUACACGAAUUUUACUAUUGGUAUUUUAAGUGUUUGAACCAGAAAUU